GCUUUCAUUUGUGCUGAUAGUGUCGAGCUCACCGGCUGUGUUAAAUGUUCGUGCCAAAAUCAGUAGUUGAUAUUAAAAGUGCUAAGUAAGCUCCCCGAUGUGGAUUGUCUUAUUCUGCGGGCUUUUGUUUGUGGCGCUCUACUGUGUUCACGGACACAACGACGAUGUCGUAUUUCUUCCCAAUGAGCGCACUACUUUGGACGACUGCCAUUUGCGGUUCCAUAGAUUGCAACCGCGGGGUUUUGUGGCGCCUGCAGCUGGUUUCCCUGCUCUCCUGAAAGAAUUUGCCCAUAUGGGUGCUAUAGGAUGGACUCAACCAGACGGAAAUAUCUUGUGGAAAUGUGGCGGAACUUUAAUCUGGUUGGACACAGUCCUCACCGCGGCCCAUUGUGUGCUUGAUGCGAAUAAUAAAGAACCAGACGUCGUAAGGUUUGGAGAUUUGAACAUCGAGACCAGCGAGGGAGACAAAUUUGCGCAGCAAUUGAAAAUCGUGGAAAUUUUCAGACAUCCGCAGCAUCGUUUUUCUGCACACUAUCAUGAUAUUGCUCUACUGAAGUUAGAGCAUCCUGUCGAAUUGAGCGAUAUUGUGACACCAGCAUGUCUUUGGACAGACGAAGAAGUGAGAUUCAAGGUUUUGGAAGCAACCGGUUGGGGCAGGACAGGCUAUGUUGAAAAUCAAACUCCCAUACUGCUGAAAGUAGCUUUGAAGCCAAUGGAAAAUGAGGAAUGUAGCAGAGUGUAUUUAAAUGGAACCGAUCGUAAGCUUAAACUUGGGCUUCAAUCACAUCAAAUAUGCGCUGUCGAUGAAAAGAUGGAUACUUGUGAGGGAGACUCUGGAGGUCCACUUCAAGUCAAGUUACUGCACAACGGCCGAAUGACACCUUUCAUUGUUGGUAUUACAUCCUUUGGAGCGGCAUGUGGUAUGUCUACACCUGGCGUUUACACCAGAGUUUCGUCCUAUAUCGAUUGGAUAGUUGAGACGAUGCAGAAAAGCGGUGCGAUGGUUACAGAGGAUACUUACAAUGCUACAUUUUGUGCGCUCAGUUUCGCACCUUUUCGUGAAUUCGAUGAAGCUAUGAUUGUGUCCCGUACUGCAACCGAUGUAAAUCUGAAUUAUGAACGAGCGCACAUGUCUACAAUAUACGAACUGCCGUCAUAUCUUGCACAAUUGGUAUGGAAUGGAGACACUAACGACUGUUAUGGAGUGAUUAUCGAUGAGAACACUGUGAUAACUCUGGCACAGUGUGUUACGAAGAAUGGGAUACCAGUUUCUCAUAUAAGACAUUUAAACGAUAAUGCACUGGAGGUGUCUAGAGUCCAUGUUCACCCAAAGUAUAAACAUGAAAGUAGCUCCAACAACAUUGCUAUUUUACGAUUAAAACAUCUGCUGAAUAUCUUAGACCUUCAACCAGCAUGUAUAUGGCAUGAGGAGACUCCAUCGAGGGAAGUUCAUGUCUACGGUUCCGGAAGAACUGAUAUCAAUAACAUACUUUUUGAAGGGAGUGAAAUUUACUCCCUAGAUCCUUCGCUAUCGAUUCUUACUCCACGGCUACAUUUCCAAAAUGCUUCAUCAUGUAUCAUUCCCAAGCAGUAUCAGCCGUUGCUUCGUGAUGGAUUGACUGAUGAAUAUAUUUGCACUGGAGAACACUUAUUUCUCGUGCCGAAAUCUUGCGAACUUCUGACCGGGGCUGCCGUUCACAAUGAGGUGAAUAGAGGCAACAUAUAUCCUAUGGUUUACGGAUUGAAUUACCUUAGCAGGGACUGUGGUUUUGGCGAACACUCGAUCGCGAUUGGCACUGCAAGUCACGUCGGGUGGAUGAAAUCCGUGCUUCUGCCGAAUGGACAAAAAUCUCACGGAACAGUGCAAUUUGUUGAUUCAGAUCGACAUGAGGGAGAUUCCUGUCGUCGAUACGAUGGACGCGCGGCACGAUGUACGCCGAUUUCCAACUGUUCGAGGGGAUGGAAACAGUUCCUAUCAAAUGGUACGAUUGAACUAUGUGAUACUAGUUCUUUGGUUUGCUGUCCUCUGAGUGAUAUAGUAAACAGCGACAACAGCGUGGUUCACCCAGUGUUGCAAGAAUGUCCAACAUUGGUGAAAGACCUCAAGCCGACAUCGUCUGCAGGCUCACUUGUUUACAUCGCGUGGCUCACCGAAGAUAUCGUGGAAUUCAGGUGUCUCGGAACAAUCAUAACAGACAGGAUUAUUUUAACUACGGCAAGCUGUGUUGGGACCGAAGUUCCCACUGGCGUACAGCUGCCAGCAAAUACCUCUCAAAAUAUGUAUCGAGUGAAUACAACUGUUCUUCAUCCAGCCUACAAAGCUAAUGAUCAUAUAAACGACAUUGCAUUGAUCCAGUUGGAAGAUACGCUCGUCUGGAGUUCCGAUCUAUACCCAUCAUGUCUAUGGACCAAUACAACACACGUCCCACUUGUGUUGUCAAUGAUUUCUCCAAUUGCCCAAAAUAUUUCACGAUCAGCGGACCAUACGGAUCAAAACCUCAACAUUACUGCUAUUCCGGAAGAGGCAGAGUACACCAGAGUGUUGUCGAUGUACAACUCAGAUUGCCAGAGAACACACGAGCAUGAGGUAUUAGAUACUCAACUGUGCGCGAGGAAUCCGUUCGAGAGUAUUACUUGCGGAACUUUCCUCGACCAACUCCAAUUUAUUAACGCUGAUAAGGUACCGUUUGUUGUGGGAUUAUCUACGAACUUUUCGGACUGUUCGAACACGUAUUUCAAGCUGUUUACCAGGAUAUCUGGGUUCGUUAACUGGAUAGGAAUGUAUAUAUGAAAUCGAUGUAGAUCAUUAAGUGUUAAAUACACAUUGCAUAGAAAAAUAAAUAAAAAUCUUCACCCCCAGUACAAUUUGCAAUGAAGGGCUCUUCUAGUUGUUGCUUAAUUUUAACUGAACUGGGAAAAAAAUUCACAGGAGGGUUGUGUCCGAGACACGACCGCAUAGUUGACGUAGGAUUCCGUUAGGCCAUCUGUUGAUUUUGGAUAUGUUUGAAGAAUUACAUCGUUAAAAUCAUUGAUUACGAUGCCUGAAAAGGGCAAUUUUGUUUGGUUGUUGGGUAUUGUUUGAUCACUCCACCGGUGUUUACCGAGUGGUAAUGACAGAAGUAUGGUAAACAGUCGU